UGUGAUUUAAAGCCAGAGUGAAUGACGUCAUUAAGCUGCGCCGACUACUCCGUGGCUGCUGCUUUAACAUUUCAGCUGUGAUGAGUGACCCGUCGUUGUCUGAGGUUCCGGUGAUGGAGCCAUCUGAUAUUAAACAGAAGUAUGAGGAGAUGUUUGCUUAUCGCUUCACAGAAAAGGAUGAAGCGUACCAAGAAUAUCUGAGAAAACCAGAAAGCCAGCCUCCAAUUGUUGAAGACUGGAGGGUGGGAAACCAAAGAAAUCAAGAUAGGUAUCGAGAUAAUAGACAUCAAAGAGGCGGGGAUAGAAGACGGGACUGGUCCAAUAACAGCUAUAACCAGUAUAACCAGCAGCAUAGCAAUAGAAGUUGGGGUAACAGCUAUAACCAACACAGACAAGAACGUUCUUAUCAGCAACAGGGAGGAUCCCAUGGCUAUAAUUCUGGCAAACACAGAUUUUACCCUGAUAGUUAUUAAUAUUGUUUCUAUUAUUCAAUUCAAACAGCUUUGUUUUAUAUAUUUCACACUUGUAUAUGUGUAAACCGUUCAUAUAGUGUUUACAUAGUACAUUAUUUUUUGUAACCUGUACCUUGUGUUGCAAUGUGUUUAUUUAUUGCUGUGGUGAAAUGUGGCUACCAGCAGAGUUGUGUAUGUACAGUAUGUCAGCAUAGCAAUAUAAGUAGAGUUGGACUCAAACAUUUUGGGGAACUUUAUAAACUUAUUUGCUCUAACGUUAAUUGUUGGUUAAAUACGCUGUGAGUUGCAAUUACCUAAAUUUCUUCCCUUUUUUAGAGAUCUCCAUUCAAUUUGGUUGUGAUAGAAAUCUGAAUUUCCACACAUCCCUGUCUAAUACAAGCCUUAUGUUUACCCAGGCGUUUGCUGCCAGCUGUUAUUGGACGCUUUAGAGGUCUCUAGCUACAUACUGUAUGAUAAAUAGUGGGGUUGUAUUAGAUGCUGCUUUAGAAUCCUAUGACCAGAAUUCAGUUAGCCCCGAUCAUUUUUCUUCAGAAAAAUGAAUUCCUUUGAGGCUAUCUAAUUGAAGCCUGUGUUGUUGUGUUUUUUUUUUUUUUUAAGGAGAAAAAUGUCCAGUUUUUCAUGCGAUAAAACAUGGGUUCUGGGACAAGUAUCCGAACCCAUUUGUUACAUCGGAGCUCUGAGGGAUGUUUAUAAGGGAUUAUGUAUUGUGUGCCUGAGGCACCUGAAGCAUAAUCCACAAUAGUUGACAGGUAUUUGGGCUAAUUGAAAAGCCCCCCCGGCGAAUCAAUUACCACAGCUAAUUGAAUAUAGGCCUAUGUCUUUUUUUUUUUCUCCUAAUUGUUUUAUGAUCUAUAACUAUGCGUAGGUGCAGUGAAAUAUUAAAAUUAUAGCUACCUAUUGGAAACCUAAUUUAAUAAUUAUGAUUGUUCCUUUUCUAUUCAGACCAAUUCCUAAUCAAUAUUGCAAGACACGUGUGUGCUAUUGAGGUUGAGUGUGACACAUGGAUUUAGGAGUGCUAGAUAAAAUGUGUUGAAAAUGCUAAUUUGUAAUAGGAAUGAUAUGACCUACUUUGAAAAUUAAAAAUGAUAGCUGAUUUGCUUUA